UUUACAUGAGCACAUAAACAGCCAUAUGGGAACAUGAUUAGUUCAGAGGUUGAACGUAUAUCAAGGCUCUAGCCUAUGUUUAAACCUCUCUUUCUCUCAUACCAUUACAAUGGCAGCAAUCUUACGGAUUUCAUUGCUCAAAACCCACCUUCGAGUUUCAACAAUGGCGAGCCUGGGUACAAGAAGCAGGGCAAACUCUGCAUACGAAGAAGAUGAAGACGACCCGUUCGUAAACUCCGUCUUAGAUUUGGUCAAGAGAGAAGGAAAGUGGGAAAAUUCAUUCAAAAGGAACGGAAUUAUGCAGAGACUAAGAGACAAGCAUGUGGAGAAAUUGCUGCUAAAGUCACAGGACAAUCCAAGGCUAUCCCUCAGAUUUUUCAACUGGUUAGGGUUACACGAGGGCUUUGAUCACAAUAUUGAAUCUUAUUGCAUUCUUGUUCACAUUUUAAGUAGGGCUAAUUUAGAGUGGCCUGCUUCUUCUGUUAUCCAGAGUUUGAUACAUGAUCACCGGAGUUCCACACCCGCAGAAAUAUUUGAAACCUUAGUCAAAACAUCUCAUUUAUUUAAACUUUCUUCUUCGUGUUCGGCAUUUGAUUUGUUGAUUCAGACUUAUCUUCAGGCAUUGAAGAUUUUGGAAGCUGUUGAGGUGUUUCAUAAAUUACACAAUUGCUUGAAUGCAAUACCUACAUUGCGGUCUUGUCAUGGGAUUUUGAACGGGCUGGUGAAGAUUAAUAAGAUAGGCACUGCUCGGGAGAUUUAUGGGCUUAUGCUUCAGGGUGGGGUUUGUCCAGAUGCAUAUAUUUAUAUUACCAUGAUUCAUGCUUACUGCAAGCAAGGGAAAUUGGAUGAUGCAAAGGCUCUUUUAAAGGAGAUGGGGAGUAGGGGUUUUGUUUGUAGUAAUGUUGUUUACAGUAUGAUGAUUGAUAAGUUUUGCAAGUGGGGAAAAUUAAGAGAGGCCUUUACUUUGUGGGAGGAAAUGGUAAAGAAAGGUGUAGUGCCUACUGUUUUUACUUAUGGUGCCUUGAUUCAUGGAUGCUGCAAGGCUGGACAACUAGAGGACGCCAACAUAUUGUUUCGAGAAAUGUUAGGCAAAGGUUUGCGACCAAAUGCUAUCGUAUACACUGUCUUAAUAAGUGGGCAUUGUAGGAAAGGGAAUAUAGAGGAGGCUUUUACGCUCCGGGAUGAAAUGCUGGAGAGAGGGCUCGUGCUAGAUACCUUUUGUUACACUGCAAUAAUUGGCGGUCUUUGUCGUGCGAACAAGAUGGAUGAAGCAAGAGGCGUUUUGAAAGAGAUGCAAGAUCGAGGCGUGCUGCCAAAUUUGGUCACCUAUAAUGUCAUGAUUGAUGGGUAUUGCAGGGAGGGGAAUAUAGAGAAAGCUGUUCAGGUCCUUGAAGAACUGAAGGAUAAGGGUCUUAUUCCAGAUGCUUAUACAUAUAGCAUACUCAUCGCUGGCAUGUGUAAAGAAAGCAAGAUGCAGGAAGCGAGAGAGCUAAUCGAAAUUAUGUUUGCCAAGGAUAUACCACCCGAUGUUAUUUCAUACAAUUCAAUUCUUAGAGGAUACUGUGAUCAAGGAAAUAUGAAGGAUGCUUUCCUUAUACGUGAUGAGAUGCUAGAGAAAGGAAUCAUGCUGGAUGUUGCAUCCUACACUGUUCUUAUUCAUGGUUUGUGUAAGAUGGGUGAAAUGCAGAGCUCACAUGCACUUUUAGAUGAAAUGUUGCAGAGGGGAUUGAUACCAGAUGAGGUUACAUACACCACACUCAUUGAUGGAUACUGUAAGAAAGGAGACAGCUCAGAAGCACUUAAAUUGCUUUCUCAGAUGGUUGAAAAAGGUUGUAAGCCAAAUGUUGUGACGUUCACUUCCCUUAUUAGUGGCAUGUGCAAGGCAGGAAAAAUGAAAGAAGCUGGCAUGCUUUUUGAAGAAAUGCUGCACAAGGAUUUAGUACCGAAUGAGUUGGCUUACAGUGCCUUGAUCAAUGGAUAUGCCAAUGCAGGAAACACUGAGGAUGCUAUCAGAGUCCAUGAUGAAAUGGUGAAGACAGGUGUUGAACCUAAUGUUGUCAUAUACAAUGCAUUGAUAAAGUGUUUCUGUAAAUCUGGAAGGAUGGUAGAAGCUAUUGGACAACUUGAACAGAUGCUGAGUAAUGGUUUGUUACCUGAUUCUGUUACUUACACCACUAUUAUUGAUGGCUACUGCAAGAAGGGUAAUUUGGUGGAAGCUCUCAAAUUGUGGAAUGAAAUGCUGCACAAGGGUGUAAUUCCUGAUGUUGUUACUUAUAAUGCUCUGUUAUAUGGAUAUUGCAUCAAAGAGAGCUUAGUGGAGGCUGUUAAACUUCUGGAAGAGAUGGUUAACAAAGGCAUUUUUCCAAAUGUGACUACUUACAACACACUUAUUCAUGGUUUCUGUAGGGCAGGUCAGAUGCAAGAAGUAAAUAAUCUGUUGGGUGAAAUGGUGGGAAGAGGUUUGGAACCAGACCAUAUCACUUACUCUACGGUAAUCAAUGGUCACCGAAAAGAUGGUAAUAUCCAUGAAGCUAAUAAGAUUCGAAACAAAAUGUUAGAAAGGGUACAAUAAUGCAAAUGAAAGCACUAAAGCCGUUUGUAACCAGAUUACGUUUCUUACUGUGGUUGUUGCAAAGCUCCAACGUGUUGAUGCUUGCAAGGGUUGAAGGGGAUGACCGAAUGCAUGUGGAAACAGAAAGUAUGCAAUAUGGCGAGUCCAAUGAAAUGAGUGCCACAUUAUUUAGUUUAUACCGGGGUUGUUUCUGGAGCUCUUGAAAACGGGAGAGUACUGUAUGGUUAUUAAGCACAUUCAUUUGAUCUGUUAGCUCUAGCAAAUAUACAUGUCACUCAUUACAGUGCCUUUCCAGAAUAAAAUUUGCUGGGCAUUACAUCAAAGAAUGCCACUGCUACUCGUGAAGGUUCAUGACUUGGCAUAUUUACCGAUGCUUGGAGUUUCAAGGUUCAAUGCUUUGGGAUGUUUCAAAUUGAACAAGCUGAAUAUGGAAGUAAAUGAAAGGAAUCCUCAGGGACUGCCUACCCAAGGUGAUAUACACGUUGACUGUGCCAGAUGUCAAUUGGAGCCUUGCAAAAUUCAGAGCAUAACAUGCACAGAUCAAUGAAUGCUGGAAGCAAGGUCUAGGUAAUACAUUGAUAAGAUUGCUUGUUUUCAGAGAAUCUGUGUGUUCUCAUGCAUUGCAGACUGUGAUUUGGGCAUAUCUUUACUCUUAUAGGGUCAACUCAUAGAAGCAAAAAACCUCCAAGUGAGUAUUUUUUAGGUUUGCAAGCACAAAAUACUCAGUUUUUGGAAGAAAGUGGACUGACUUUGACCACCUUGAUCUCUGACCUUAUUUUUUUUCGAUAGAUAAAUGAGGGAUUCUAUAAGAUCCUUGCAUAGGAAGAAUCAAUUUUCCCUAUGGGCAUAAAUCCCUGGUCAUGCAGCUUUAACCAUAAUACAAAAGAAACAUUAAGCUUAAUAUAGCAUUAUAUCAAAACAGAAGCAAGGUUGUCCCUAUACAAUACUGAUAUACAAAAGUCAGUUCCUCAAAAAAGAUCACAACGAGAUGGGGUUAGGGAUAUCCAAGGAAUAACUCUUUGUUUAUAAACAGAUCCCUAGCCUGGGCUGAUCUAUUAUCUCACCAAAAUUAAUGCUUGUAGACAUUAAGAAUUACAAGUGAUGGACUGUAAUAUAUAACAAUAAUUAAAUGAUAUUGAGAAAGGGGUAUAGUUUUAUGAAAAAGAGAAAUAAGACACUCAAUUUUUUAUACUGGAAACAUCCUUAAAAUGGAUGAAAAAUCAGCUGCUACUGGCUAUUGCAUAGCUGUCAAAAUAUUAUUAAGAUUUGGAUAAGUACAAUGAAUUGCAAUCUUCCACUUGCUCCAUUGGUACACACUCAUUAUCAAGCCUACGCUUUAAAACACAAUAUUG